CGCCAUCGGACGACACGGCCCGGUCUCUUACGUCGAUAGGAGACAGCACAUAAACGAGUCGGCACGAGCAGCUCGAAUAACACUUGCUCUCCGUCACCUCAUCUCUACACAGACCUCUUCAGCUUCAACUUGACACCUCAAACGAUCUGAAAAACGCUACAGUCACGAUGGCCACGCUUCUCACCCAAGAAACCGCCGCCAAGAGCACCCACCAAGCUCCCACGACGACCGUCUACGAAAAGGGCUUGCAAGUCGGCAACGAUGUCAACAGGAUCACUAAAAUCGAGACUUUCCGCGUGAGACCUCGAUGGUUGUUCGUCCGGGUGGAGACCUCCAAGGGGAUCGUCGGAUGGGGAGAAGCUACCUUAGAAGGUCACUCCGAGGCCGUCGAAGGCGCCUUUGCCGAUUUUCGGGAGCGUUUCGUCGGGUGGGACGCCUCCAACAUCGAAGACAUCUACCAGUCCGCUUACAGACACAGGUUUUACCGAGGAGGAGAGGUCUUGAUGAGCGCACUUUCCGGGUUGGACAUUGCGCUUUGGGAUAUCAAGGGAAAGACUCUUGGUGUACCCACCUGGGAACUGCUCGGAGGAAAAGUCCGCGAACGAGCCAACGUAUACGGAUGGAUCGGGGGUGAUCGACCUUCAGACGUCUUGGAGCAAGCCAAGGCGAGGAAAGCUCAGGGAUUCACCGCCGUCAAGAUGAACGCCGUGGAGUCGCUCGGUUGGUUGGAUUCACCCCACGCUUUGGAGGCUACCAUCCAGCGGGUCAAGGACGUCAAGUCGAUCGGUAUCGAUGUCGGACUCGACUUCCAUGGACGAGUUCACAAGACCCUGGCUAAACAGCUCGCCAAGGCGUUGGAACCUCAUCAGCCGUUGUUCAUCGAAGAGCCGCUCUUGCCGGGGCAGGUCCCCGAGAUGGAAAAGCUCUAUCAAAAGACUUCGAUUCCCAUCGCCCUCGGUGAAAGGCUAUUCACUCGUCAAGACUGCCGACCCUACUUUGAAGCCGGGUGUAUCGACAUCAUCCAACCCGACAUUUCUCAUGCCGGUGGCAUUUCCGAGACGAGGAGGAUCGCCAAUAUGGCCGAGACGUACGAUAUCGGGGUCGCCCCUCACUGUCCGCUCGGCCCCAUCGCGUUCGCGGCCUCGUUGCAGAUCGCCUUCUCCACUCCCAACUUUGUCAUCUGCGAGAUGAGCUGGAAGAUGCACUACAACGCCGGCGACUUUGAUCUCCUCACCUACCUAAAGAACCCCGAAGUGUUCGACGUCAAGAACGGUGCCGUCGAGCUCUUGACUGCUCCCGGGCUAGGAAUCGAAUUGGACGAGGAGAUGAUCAGGAAGAACGCUGUUGACAAUGCCGAUUUUAGUUGGAGGAACCCGACGUGGCGAGGACCUGAUGGGGCUAUCCGGGAGUGGUAGACAUGUCGCCUGUGACUGCCUGACGGCUUGUAAUAGCAUAUCAAUUCUGUUUCAAGGGAAUCUCAUCAUACAAUGGACGUUCUAAACA